GAUUCUGGUGCUCGCCCCGGCACCACCACCGCGCCGUCGCCGCCUCGCUCGCAACCAGCACGAUGGCCACCGAAGAGCCGCCGAAAAAGGAGUACAGCCUCCUCGCGCAGUGCGUGGCCGAGGCCUUUGGCACGUUCUGCAUCGUCGCCGGCGGCUGCGGCGCCGUGGCCGCCUCCAAGUACGCGCCGGCGUCGCAGAUCACGAACCCCGCCGUCGCGGCGUGCUUCGGCGGGUCCGUGGUCAUGGGCGCCUGCUCGACGCGCGAGAUCUCCGGCGCGCACCUCAACCCGGCGAUCACGGCGACGUCGUACGCGCUGAACAUGCCCGACGACUCGGGCGUGUCGUCAAGCAAGGCCGCGGCGUUCGUCUUCAGCCAGGUCGUCGGCGCGACGGCGGCGGCGGUGCUCAACUUCGGCAUGUUCAAGAACGCGAUCCGCUCCCAGGAGGCCGCGGCGAAGACCGCGGCGGAGCGCGGCGCGGUCUGGGCGGGCGCGUUCGGCGUCGGCCACGACGCGGCGGCGCUGUCCCACCGGGGCCUCUUCCUCACGGAGGUCGGCACGACGGCGACGCUCCUCUUCCUCAUCAACUCCAUCAACGACGACGACCUCGCGUUCCCGGGGAAAGACGCGGGGCCGCUCUUCGUCGGCGGCACCGUCGCGCUGCUCAUCGUCGCCACGGGCACAAUCUCCGGCUGCGGCAUGAACCCGGCCCGCGACUUCGGCCCGCGCCUCAUCACGGCGCUGGCCUCGGGCCCGAAGGUCGCGACCGCGCAGCCGGCCUGGAUCUACUCCGCGGGGCCCCUCGCGGGCGCCUUCGUCGGCUGCUCCGCGUUCAAGGCCUUCAAGGGCCUGCUCGACGCGUGAGUGGGGGGGCUUUUUUGAUGUGUGCCGCUAAGACACACCUUUGGUUU